GUUUCAGCUGUAAUCGGGUGAAAGUUUCAGACUUUCCUCGGUUGGGAAACAGCAAAAACUCCACCAUGUGUUUGUCUGUAGCUGCUAUAAAACCAGAGACAGCAGACCAACUAUCAGAACCCAGUGAGGACAUCUGAACAUGAGGACGCUCAUCUUUUUACUGGCUGUGUUGUGGGUCUGUGACGGUGUGAAGUUCGGUCAGUUGUGUAGCGGAAACCCGAACAACAGCAGGAGGACGAGGGACAGAUGGGGACAAGGACACUAUGGAGCCAGACGAGAGGACAGGGUACAUCAAGGUCUGGACAUCGAGUGCAGAGACGGAUCGACCGUCUACGCUCCGUUUGACGUCACGCUUGACCGUAAAGUGAUCGUCUACAAUGACCCGGAGAACCUGAAAACCGCCAUCAAUGAGGGCAUCCAAAUGAGGGGAGAAGGUCUGUGUUUCAAGCUGUUCUACGUGAGGCCGGACAGAACCUCCGGGACGGUGAGGAAGGGGGAGCGGAUCGGGACCAUGCUGCCCAUGCAGAGGGUCUAUCCAGGAAUCACCUCACACGUCCACGUCCAGAUGUGCGACAGGAGCAACCCCACGGGCUACUUCUGAUCCACCGUCACUGAUUACAGAAUGAAGUGUUCUACAAACCCAGAACCAGAGAGUUUGGAGAACGUAGAGCUGCUGAAAGAAGGUUCUGGGUCAGAGGAGAAAAGAAUCAUCAGAAAUAUUAAUAACAUUUAGAAAAAUGUAAAAGAAAUUAAUGUCAGAGACGUUUUCCACAAAUAUGAAUAAAAUAUCUAAAAUAUGGUC